CCCACGUAUCCAUCACAAAUUUCUUAUUUCUCUCUCUCUCUCUCUCUCUUCAUUUUCCACUUGUACGGCUUCAAGAGAUACCACGUCUCCAGUCUCCGCAGCGAGAACUAGAAGAGGGUGAAGCGGAGAUGUCUCGCGCGUGUGGCGGAGACGCGGGCGGCGCAGGGGAGUUCAUGCUGUUCGGGGUGAGGGUGGUGGUGGACGCGAUGCGGAAGAGUGUGAGCAUGAACAAUCUGUCCCAGUACGAGCAGCCCCAGCCCGAGGACCCGUCCAAGGUUAACACCAACACCAACACCAACACCAACACCAGCACCAAAGACGACGUCGCAGGUGCCGGUUACGCCUCUGCAGACGACGCCGUUCCCAAUUCCCGCUCCCACCGCGAGCGCGAGCGCAAGCGAGGGGUUCCGUGGACGGAGGAGGAGCACAAGCUGUUCCUGCUGGGAUUGCAGAAGGUAGGGAAAGGAGACUGGAGAGGAAUAUCGAGAAACUUCGUGAAGACUCGCACGCCAACGCAGGUUGCAAGCCAUGCUCAGAAGUACUUUCUCCGCCGCUCCAAUCUCAACCGCCGCCGCCGCAGAUCUAGCCUCUUCGACAUCACCACCGAUACGGUAACGGCGAUUCCAAUGGAACUAGAAGAAGCAGGGCAUCAUCAAGAUAAUGCCUCGCAGUCACAUCCAUUGCCACCAUCCGAGGCUUGCAAUUUUGGUGGGUUUCCUAUGAUGUCUGCUUUUCCGAUGACUGUUGGUCCGGCAGUGGUUCCUGUCCCCAUUGAGAGCCCAAUGGAAAACCUCAACCUAAGACAGGGAAACGUGGAGACCAAUGCCGCCUCGUCGUCGAAUCUAGUCCAUCCGAUUCCUGUCCACACGGGUCAUCGUGCUUCAACCAUGUCUGACCUUAACUUGAAUUCGUCACCGUUGACUCUCAAGCUUUCUUUGCCCUCGGAUCAGAGGGAGUCACCAUCGAGGCAUUCGGCUUUCCAGGCAAUGUCAAGCUUCAACAAUAAUGGGGACAGCAUCAUCACCGUUGCUUGAGAGAGGUCGUUAAUUAAACAAUGGAAAAUGGUUCAUAAUUAGCGCAGAUGGGUUAGAAAAAAAAAAAAAAAAAUCUCAAAAAAGAAAGAGACAAUGGAUUAGAGAAGACAAGGUAAAUUAGGCAACUGAAUUUGAUCCUUUGCUUGUUUUGUACAGACCCAAAAACUGUCGUGUCUUUAUCUUCUUGUUGGUUUAUGGUAUUAUGUUAGAUUCUUGCCUCUUGGUCUUUUGGCUGUUUCCGAUGUUAGCUUAUAGCCUGAUAUAACUGAAAAUAACAUGGACUUUUUGUGGGUC